AUGGCUGUAUUUAUAUUUGAGUACUUCAGUCCUGUAGGAUACAACAGGAACUUAGCACAAGGGAGAGAUCCCCAUGGACCAUCCUUCACCAUUGGAAAGGCAGUGUGGUUACUCUGGGGCUUGGUAUUCAACAACUCCGUGCCUGUGCAAAACCCCAAAGGGACAACCAGUAAAAUUAUGGUGUCAGUUUGGGCUUUCUUUGCUGUCAUCUUCCUGGCUAGUUAUACUGCCAACUUAGCUGCAUUUAUGAUUCAAGAGGAGUUUGUUGACCAAGUGACUGGACUGAGUGAUAAAAAGUUUCAAAGGCCACAUGAUUAUUCACCUCCUUUUCGAUUUGGAACUGUCCCAAAUGGCAGCACAGAAAGGAAUAUCAGAAACAACUAUCCUGAUAUGCACCUCUACAUGACAAAAUAUAAUCAAAAAGGAGUUGAAGAUGCCUUGGUCAGCUUGAAAACUGGGAAGUUGGAUGCUUUCAUCUAUGAUGCAGCAGUGCUGAAUUACAAGGCUGGAAGAGAUGAAGGCUGCAAACUUGUCACAAUAGGCAGUGGGUACAUCUUUGCCACUACGGGCUAUGGAAUAGCACUUCAGAAAGGAUCACCUUGGAAGAGACAAAUUGAUCUAGCCCUUCUUCAAUUUGUUGGAGAUGGUGAAAUGGAAGAGUUAGAAACCCUGUGGCUGACUGGUAUUUGUCACAAUGAGAAGAACGAAGUCAUGAGCAGCCAGCUGGAUAUUGACAACAUGGCAGGAGUGUUUUACAUGCUUGCAGCAGCCAUGGCACUCAGUUUAAUUACCUUUGUCUGGGAGCACUUAUUUUACUGGAAGCUUAGAUUCUGCUUCACUGGAAUCUGCUCUGAUAGACCAGGAUUAUUGUUCUCAAUCAGCAGGGGUAUUUAUAGCUGCAUUCAUGGAGUACACAUUGAAGAAAAAAAGAAGUCCCCUGACUUUACUUUGACCAAUUCCCAAACCAACAUGUUAAAACUACUACGAACAGCGAAAAAUAUGACCAAUAUAAAUCCUUCAAGAAUUAACUCCCCCAAAAGAACAGCUGAUUUUAUUCAGAGGGGUUCCUUGAUUAUGGACAUGGUCAUGGAUAAGGGAAACUUGAUCUUUUCUGAUAACAGAUCCUUUCAGACAAAGGACAACUUUUUUGGUGAAAACAUGAGUGAACUGCAGACACUUCCUGGCAAUCGACACAAGGACAAUCUUAACAACUAUGUUUUCCAAGGUCAGCAUCCUCUCACACUGAAUGAGUCCAACCCAAACACAGUAGAGGUUGCAGUAACAACAGAAGCAAAAGUAAACUCCAGACCCAGGCAACUUUGGAGGAAGUCUGUUGAAUCUUUACGUCAAGAAUCUGUACGUCAGAGUCAAGGUUCCCAGAGGGAAAACGGGUCAGAUGAAAACCGGCAGCUUUCAGUGAAAAGCCAAAGAUAUCUUCCUGAAGAGAUUGUCCAUUCAGAUGUAUCAGAGACAUCAAGCCGGGCUACUUGCCAUAUGGAACCUGAAAACAACAAUAAGCACCACAAAACCAAGGACAAUUUUAAAAAAAGAACAGUAGCAUCAAAAUACCCAAAAGACUGUAGUGAAGUGGAACUGACAUAUCUGAAAACCAAGCAGAGCUCUCCACGGGAUAAAAUCUACACAAUUGAUGCUGAUAAGGAGCCCGGAUUCCGCUUGGACACACCCCAGUAUAUCGAAAACAUUGUCCUUCCAGAAACUAUAGACUAUCCUGACGUUUAUCAAGAUCACAAUGACAACUACAGGAAAGCAGAACAUGCUAACAGGACUCCCAUGCAUAACGAAGACAGUCUUCCAAAUAAUGAUCAAUAUAAACUUUAUGCAAAGCACUACAGUUUAAAAGAUAAAAAUGCUUCCCUAGUUGACAUGAAUGAUAGAUACAGACAGAAUUCUACCCACUGUAGGAGCUGUCUUUCCAAUUUGCCCACUUAUGCGGGACAUUAUUCAGGCAGAUCUCCCUAUAAAUGUGAUGCAUGCUUGCGGAUGGGGAACCUCUAUGAUAUUGAGGAAGAUCAGAUGCUGCAGGACACAACGAACUUAUCACUUCCUGAAGAAAUAUAUGACCAUAGUUGGUCACAGAAUAAUGCUCUGCAAUAUCAUAAAAAAAACAAGUUGAGGAUUAGCAGGCAACAUUCUUUUGAUAAUAUUGCCGAUAAGUCCAGGGAAAUUGAUCUUGGAAGACCUUCUCGUAGUAUAAGCUUGAAAGAUAAAGAGAAGUUUCUCCAAAGUAGUCCAUAUGCAAGCAUGUUUAGUGUUCCCUCAAGCAAACUGUUGAGCAACAAAGCCUCACUUUUAACUCAUGCUCUAGAGGACAGUAAGAGGAGCAAGUCCCUGUAUCCCGUUCACUCAGAAGAUAAUCCCUUUCUGCACUCGUAUCGUGACGACCAGCACUUAUCUCUUAGGCGAAAUCCAGCUGAUCUUUAUAAAUAUUCGUUACCAUCCAGAGGAAGAAAUGAUAAUUAUUUCAGGUCAUCCAUAAAGUCUACAGCAUCAUACUGUUCCAGGGAUGGUCGGAUCCAUAAUGACAUGUACAUUUCAGAGCAUGUUUUGCCUUAUGUUGCAAAUAGGAAUAGUGUGUAUUCAACUCCAAGGGUUUUAAAUUCCUGUAGCAAUAGACGUGUGUAUAAGAAAAUGCCUAGCAUUGAAUCAGAUGUUUAA